GCUACCUACCAAACUUCGUUCAUCCAUCAUGAUUCACUGUCAACGAGACAGCAGAGCUGGCAGCUGUGAACGCAGCUCUGCCAGCUGCCAACGGCCCGAUGACCUUACGUGCCUCCCAUUUGUUUACGGCUGCGCCCCAUGACUUCUUCCAAAGGAAAACCGCCCACUUCUCGACUCGCCUCUGGAUUUCCCUCCUUUCCUCUUCAUCAUACAACCAAGAACAUAACCCAUCACAACAAGGAACAGCAUUCCUUGUUUUACUCUAUCCGCCUUUCCCAUCCACCUUCAUCCAUCCCCAUAGCCCAAGAAGUCUUGACUUUUCUCGUCACCUUCUCAUCUUCUCACCUUCUUCAAUCCCGACCUCAUCCUUCACCACCAUCACACUUCUCAUCAUGUCGUCCCACUCUCGAACCCUCACCUACCACCAUUCGCUAUCAUCCUCCUGUCCACCAUCACAGCCCCUCCGCCGUUCCUCUCAUCGUCAAACUCGCCCCUCCCCCAUCUCCUUUCGCUCAUCUCCUCUCAGCUUUCUCUCGUUCCACAUCUCAGCCUUCUGGACCUUUGUCAAUACCCCAGCGGAUCCUGACAAAACUACCCGGUUCUGGACUGUUCUGAUCCUUCUUCUUUCUGCAUUCCCUUCUGCGUUUCCUUAUUUGCUGCUUUCUAUAUUCCUUUCUGAGUUGAUUCCUAUUCUGUCCUCAAGGCGUUGGGCGUUCCGGAUCUGGCAAUGUUGGUAUGGGGAACAUCCUUAUGGGAAUAUCAAUACGGAAACAUCGCUAUGGAUUUAUCAAUGUCUCAGGAGUUUGGCGUUUGGCGUUGAACUGUUACUUGAUGUUUGGGAGUUCUCCUAGAUUCCCUCUCCCCCUCCCCUCACCCCUCUCCCGUCCCCACCAUUCUCCCGCUUCACCCACCUGCAAUGAGGAUAACGCUCACCAGAGCAUGGUGAUUCCUUGGGGAUGGUUUCUCUUGAAACCACCCUUUGCGAGCGUGACCCUCCCAAGAACAGAGAUCUGAGCAGGCCGAGU